ACUGUGCGCCUGAUGUCUUCUCGUUCAACAUAGUAAUCAACGGCUGCUUUAAAGAAGGUGAAGUAGACAAAGCGUGCAAUCUCUUCCAUGAGAUGCCCCAACUGGGAGUUCAACCUGAUGUGGUGACCUACACCUCAAUCAUGGACGCACUAAGCAAGUCCGGAGCAAUGGACAAGGCAGAAGUGCUCCUUCGGCAAAUGGUUGAUCAAGGAAUUGAACCCAAUAUCAGGACAUAUAGCUGUCUGAUCCAUGGAUAUUCUACUUUUGGUCAGUGGAAGGAGGCACUUAGGGUAUUCAAAGAAAUGGCAAGUCUUGGUGUUGUACCAGACGUUGUCACAUUGAGCUCAUUAAUCGAUUCCCUUUGCAGGCACAGAAGGACAAAGCAAGCUAGAGAAAUUUUUGACUCUAUGGCUGCAAAGGGCCUGAAACCUAAUAUCGUCUCCUACUCUACUAUGCUUAAUGGGUAUGUCAAAGAAGGAUCCUUCGAGGAUAUGACCGGUCUCUUCAAUUCGAUGGUACGGAAUGGUAUUGUACCUAACCACCAUAUUUUCAACAUACUGAUCAAUGCAUAUGCUAAACGUGGACUGAUGGAUGAGGCUAUGCACAUGUUCGAAGUAAUGAGGCAACAAGGAGUAAACCCAGAUGUAUUUGGCUAUCAAAUCAUAAUGGAUUCACUUUGUAAAAUGGGUAAGAUGGAUGCUGCUCUGGACAAAUUUAAUCAGAUGGUCAAUCAAGGAGUUUCACCUAACAAAGCUGUUUACCAAUGCCUGGUUCUGGGUUCUUGCUCUCAUGGUGAUUUUGUGAAAGCCAAGGAAUUGAUUUCUGAAGCGGUUAAUAGAGGUCUGUGUUCUAACAGUGUGUUCUUCUAUCCUGUAAUAAACGACCGUUGCAAAGAAGGAAAGGUGAAGGACGCACAGGAUAUGUUUGACUUCAUUGUAGGUAUUGGUCAUCGGCCUGAUGUGAUUAUGUACAAUUCACUGAUGGAUGGAUAUUGCCUUGUUGGCAAGGUGGAGGAAGCACUGAGAGUACUUGAUGCUAUGAAGUCUGCUGGCCUCCAACCUGAUGUUUUUACAUAUGGUAUACUUAUUAAUGGCUACUGUAAAAUUGGAAGGAUCGACGACGGAUUGAGUCUUGUCAGGGAAAUUUCACUCAGUGGGGUUAAGCCCACGACUAUUAUGUACAACAUUAUACUUGAUGGGCUGUUUUGCUCUGGGAGAACAGUUCCUGCAAAGGAAAAAUUCCAUAAGAUGAAUGAAAGUGGCAUACCAGUGGGCGUUGGAACAUACAACAUAGUUCUUAGUGGACUUUGUAAAAAUAAUUGCACUGAUGAAGCAAUAGAGCUGUUCAAGAAAUUACGUGCUGUGAACGUGAAGAUUAAUGUCAUAACACUCACUACCAUGGUUUCUGCAAUGUUUAAAACUAGGAGAAUUGAAGAAGCCAAGGAUUUGUUUGUUACUAUAUCAGCCAUUGGGUUGGUGCCUUCUGUUGUGACUUACAGUAUAAUGAUGACAAAUUUCAUAAAAGAAGGGUUGCUUGCAGAUGCUGAUGAUAUGUUUUCAGCAAUGGAGAAGGCUGGCUGUGCUCACAACUCCAGACUGCUAAAUCAAGUGGUCAGGGUAUUUCUGAAGAAUGGUGAAGUUGUAAAGGCUGUGACUUAUCUUGCCAAAUUUGAUGCAAAACAGCUGUCAGUUGAAGCUUCGACGGUUUCGUUAAUAGUAUCUCUCUUCUCAAGGAAAGGGAAAUUAAGGGAGCAUGUAAAAUUGCUUCCGGUAAAGUACCAGCCUCCUGAGAUGUUGGACUGACAAUUGAUACAGUAUUACUUGGUACUUCGUACAAAAAAGCAAGGUGGUAUUCAGUCAUAGCUGACAGAAUGCCAUUGCCCCCACAUGCCCUUUUUGAAAAUGUAGAUAAAUCAUCCAUUCUGUUGUUGCCUGAUGUUUGAUGUCACGUUCUAAAUGAAAUAACAAGACUGUGGCCUGAGAGUCAUAUGAGCUUCCCUUUUUUGUGGGAUGAAGAAGGCGCAACUCUGAUCUGGAAAGUUUGGAUAUGUCACACAUUUAGGCCUAUUCAGUGUAUCCAAAUUUGUGACAAAGUACUUGGCUGCCUACCUCUGGGAAUACCCAAACUCGUUGUUUACGCAUUUAUGCAAUAUGAAGGCUUGAGCAAGGAGUGCAACAGAAACACGAUAUAAAAUAGUUUGUUUAACAACUCUGAUAUUUUCCAGUAAUGCCUCUCUCAACAGUAGUGCUAAUUUUUUUGGGAAAGCGUUAAGUGCGCUGUAUUCAUGGGCUGCAUAUCCGAUGUUACUUGAGGGCUAUUAAGCAUGUUUUGUGCUCCUCCCAGACUGUAAGAAUUCACUGCAAUCUCUCCAGUAAGAGAUAUUUACCUUAAUUCAUCGUAUGCGUUUUCCUU